ACAAAACCAAAAAUAUUAAAAAAGGCAAUGCCCUGACCACCUCCCAAGCUCCCUUCUCUUAGUCCCACUCUCCUGCCGCUCUCCUCAUCUUUCUCCUUCUACCAGAAUUCUCUAUUCACACAACUGACGUCGAAUCCUCACCAUGUCGUCUCUUCGCCGUCGCAUCCUAGGGGACGCAACACCCACGCCCUCAGAAACUUCCCGCGAAGCUACCCCUCCAAAAGCCGAAGACGUAAAACUCGCGCCCGUAUCCAAAAUCCAUGAUUCGCCCAAAGAAGUCAAGAUCAAAACUCGAAAACGACGGACAGGAUUUAUCUUCGCCCUAGGAGGACUCUUUGGGAUAGUAGUAGCAGGUAUCUUCGCGGGCAAAUCAGAUCUGAUUGAGUUUCCCGAGUUGGGGGAUCUCAGUAUGGAUUCGUUGAUGGAUAUCCUACCGGCAACUUUUGUGCAAGAUGCGCGGGAUCUAGCAAAGGGCGAGAGGGAAGCUGUGAAUUACGAUUCUUUUUCCGUGGGAUUAAAUUUGUUGGCGCAAGGUGUUAGAGCUACGCAUCCGGUUAUUAUGGUACCGGGUGUUAUAUCGACGGGAUUGGAGAGUUGGGGAACGGCAAAUUCUUCGAGGCAGUACUUUCGCAAGAGGCUAUGGGGGAGUUGGACAAUGAUGAGGGCGUUGGCUCUUGACAAGGCGGGGUGGAAGAAACAUAUCAUGUUGGAUAAGGAUACAGGACUCGAUCCGGAGGACAUCAAGUUAAGAGCUGCUCAAGGAUUUGAUGCGGCGGACUUUUUCAUUACGGGUUAUUGGAUUUGGAAUAAGAUUUUGGAGAAUUUGGCCACGAUUGGGUAUGAUCCUACGAAUAGCUUUACCGCGGCUUAUGAUUGGAGACUUUCCUAUCCGAAUUUGGAAGUGAGGGAUCAGUAUUUUACGAGGUUGAAGAUGUAUAUUGAGAUGGCGAUGAAGGUCUCGGAUAAGAAGGUUGUUUUGAUAUCUCAUUCUAUGGGGAGUCAAGUAUUAUUUUACUUUUUUCAUUGGGUGGCAGCACAGGAGGGAGGGAAUGGUGGUGAUAGUUGGGUAGACGAUCAUAUCGAUUCUUGGAUCAACAUCUCUGGAUGUAUGCUGGGUGCAACAAAAGGGUUGCCAGCAGUCCUAUCAGGCGAAAUGAAGGAUACCGCCCAACUAAAUGCAUUCGCCGUCUAUGGACUAGAGAAAUUCCUCAGCAGAGAAGAAAGAGCAGAACUCUUCCGAGCCAUGCCAGGAAUCAGCUCUAUGCUUCCCAUCGGUGGAAACGCAGUGUGGGGAAACUCAACAUGGGCACCAGAUGAUCUCCCCGGUCAAGCACUCAGUUUUGGUCCAUUCCUGAAUUUCAAAUACCAAAAUGGUACUGUGCCUCAGAGAAAUAUGACGGUGGAAGAGAGUAUGUCCUACCUGUUCAAUGUCACCGAACCAUGGUAUGUAAAGCAGGUUAAGGGAGCGUAUUCUAGUGGUGUCGCACACACCACAGCAGAAGUAAACGCCAACGAAAAAGACCCGCGGAAAUGGAUAAACCCGCUAGAAACCCGUCUUCCUCUCGCCCCUAACCUGAAAAUCUACUGCUUUUACGGUAUCUCCUCUUCAUUGCCCCCUUCUUUGACCCCACUAACACACGCAGGAAUCGGCAAGCCAGCAGAACGCUCCUACUUCUACCGGCGUACCGAGGUACCUUCCUCGCCGCUAAACAUCACCAUCGACACAGCUCUAAUUCAAGGACAUGUGGACCACGGAGUCGUUCUAGGCGAGGGAGAUGGUACCGUCAACUUAUUAUCUCUUGGUUACAUGUGUAAUAAAGGAUGGAACAUGCAUCGCUAUAAUCCAGCCGGUGUCAAGAUUAAGGUUUACGAGAUGCCACAUGAGCCGGAUCGAUUUAGUCCUAGAGGUGGCCCAAAUACGGGUGAUCACGUCGAUAUCCUGGGACGACAGAGUUUGAAUGAUCUCAUCCUGAGGGUUGCGGCCGGGAAGGGAGAUGAGGUUGGGGAGCAUGUCGUUAGUGAUAUUCGGAAGUAUGCUGAGAGGGUUGAGAUUAGAGAGGAGAAGAAGUACCUGUGAGAAGAGGUGGAGGUGUCAGUAGCGGUUUGAUAAUAAGAUGAGAUGGUUGUUAUUGGGCUGUACAUUAUGGGACGGAGUAUGAUACUUGGGGUAGGAUCCCCUUUUCUGGAGUUCUUGUAGAGGAUUUUUGACCACUAUGCCGGUAGGCUGGGUUUUGUGGACAGGCAUGAUACCCUUACAUUUCUUCUUCUUUUCUUCUAUUCUUUUAGAUAGCUAGAUUAAUAGCAUAUGGAAAGCACUUUAAUGAG